CUCAACAGACAACUACCUCUACUCUCCAUCAACAAUCCACUGUUGCUGACGAUGAGCCGCUCGACAUGGCUGGCUUUUGCAUGGGCGGCGGCCCUCGUCGUCGUCGUCGUGGCGGCGUCCACGACGACGACGGCACACGCCUCGCACCACGCGUCGCUGGAGGUCGGUUUCUACAAGCACUCGUGCCCAGAGGCCGAGUCCAUCGUGCGCGACGCCGUCCGCCGCGGCGUCGCCCGCGACGCCGGCGUCGGCGCGGGGCUCAUCCGGAUGCAGUUCCACGACUGCUUCGUCCGGGGCUGCGACGCCUCCAUCCUCAUCAACUCCACGCCGGGCAACAAAGCCGAGAAGGACUCCGUCGCCAACAACCCCAGCAUGCGCGGCUUCGACGUCGUCGACGACGCCAAGGCCGUCCUCGAGGCGCACUGCCCGCGCACCGUCUCCUGCGCCGACAUCGUCGCGUUCGCCGCCCGCGACGGCGCCUACCUCGCCGGCGGCCUCGACUACAAGGUCCCCUCGGGACGCCGCGACGGCCGCGUGUCCAGAGAAGACGAGGUGCUCGACAGCAACGUCCCCGCACCGUUCGACGACGUCGCCGAGCUCAUCCAGAGCUUCAAGCGCAAGGGCCUCACCGCCGACGACAUGGUCACGCUCUCCGGCGCGCACACCAUCGGCCGCUCCCACUGCUCCUCCUUCACGCAGCGGCUCUACAACUUCAGCGGGCAACUGGGGCGGACGGACCCGUCGCUCGACGUCGCCUACGCCGACCACCUCAAGAUGCGGUGCCCAUGGCCGUCCAGCGACGGCAAGAGGCACCCCGCGGUGGUGCCGCAGGACCCUGUCACGCCGGCGACCUUCGACAACCAGUACUUCAAGAACGUGGUGGCGCACAAGGGCCUGUUCGUCUCCGACAAGACGCUGCUCGACAGCACCUGCACGGCUGGGAUCGUCCACUUCAACGCCGCAGUCGACAAGGCAUGGCAGGUCAAGUUCGCCAAGGCCAUGGUGAAGAUGGGCAAGAUCCAGGUGCUCACCGGCGAUGAGGGAGAGAUCAGGGAGAAGUGCUUCGUCGUCAACCCACACUAGUUACUUACUAUAUAUAAGUGGAAAUGUAGUAGCUAACAGUCAGUGCUGUAAUAAAGGACAAAUUUGGAGUGGCACGUCGAUCACCGCACUUGCGUGUUUGCGAAGUAGUACUGCUCUGUUCCAGUUUCACAAAACAAAACAAAAAAAACCUCGGUUUUGUUUUUUCUA